AGCUGCUCCUCCUUUACGGCAGAAGGAUGAGGUUCGUGUGUUGAUGCCGAAGUGUCCUGAAGCAGUUAAAGUCUGAUCUUUAAAGUCUGAAGCGAUUCGCGUCCUCACUGCUCCUUGGUGGACAUGUUGUAGACAGAGGAACCGGACACUUUUACAUGAGUCAAAUCCACAUCACACCAUCUAACCUCAUUAUGAAGUCGAUCCAUUACAUCACAUCUCUGACAUUCGAGCCCAUUUACCUGUGGAGCUCAGGUGUCUGUAGGGGGUUACCUCACGUCUAAGGUGACCGUGUCUCCUCCCUCGCUGGUGUGUAACUUAAAAGUUUUGAUAAAGGUUUAUAUGAAUUGUUCCUCUGUAGGUAAACUGAAGAUGAACUGGGACAACGAGCUGAGCUCCAUCCUGUCAGGAGCAGAAGGAAGCGUCUCCAAGAUGCGGGAGAGACUGACCUCGACACGGAACUUCUCCAGAGCAGGAGAAGGUCUGUUUCCUGUGAGGGAGAGGAUUCCUGAUUCUGACUCGGUUCUUCCUGCUCUUCCUCUUGGAGCUUCCCCCCUCCGAACCCCCGCCUCGCCUCUCCGUGUUCAAUGGUCCGACCUGGCUGCUAUCCAAUCACAGCUCCAGAUCCAGAGCCAGGCGAUAGAGUCUCUGACCCAUAAAGUCCUCGAGGGGGAGAGAGCGCGUCAGUCCCAACACCGGCACAUCCAGGCUCUACAAGAGGAGGUGCAGGAGCUCAGGGAGAGAGAAUCCAGGAGGGAGCCUCCAGGAGCCCAGGGGACCAUGGAGCAGUGGAGGAGGGACGUGGGACGUGAGCUCAGCAGUCUGCGGGGACACAUCAGCAGAGUCACGUUGCUAGGAAACCCAGAGGAGAGUUUCUCUUCAAAGCUCCGCAGAGAGGAGCUGGAGGUCCUGAGCAGAGAGGUGGAGCAGCUGAAGACCCAUCUGAGUGAGUCACCUGCACCACGACGCCGCAGGACCACACGCGUCCUCCGUCCAAAGGAGAGACGAGCUGGGACGCGUUCACACGUCUUUCCCCUGUUCACAGGGAGGCAGCAGGAAGAGGGGCGGGGGGGCACGAGAGGGUGCGAGCACAGGAGCAAGAUUCUGGAGGAACUGAUAGAAAACAACACAACUCUCAGCACUGAUGUGCUGAAGAUCUCCUCCCAGUGUUCUCACACACAGCACCAGCUCCAUCAGAUCAGAACUUCUGUGUCACAGCUGAGAGACGAGGUGAAGAGACUCGUCAUCAAAGAGCAUCAGACGUCAGAAGAUUCACUGCUCCUCACCUGCCAUGGCGCAGGGGUCAGAGGUGAAGAGGCGGAGUCAGACUCAGAAGACCUCAGCCCAACCCCAAGCCUGGCCGAGGUUAGCUCCGAUGAUCUGUCCUGGCUGGAGGACAAAGACACAGCUCCUCAUCAGAAGCCUGCAGUCGGUCUCAGCGUUCAGUCCAGAAGGAGCAACUUCACAGGUCUGGAAUCAGAUCUUACUGAUGAUGAUGAUGAUCUUCUUGAUCUGGAUCCAGGGUCUGGCCUAAGUGUGGAUGACCUCUGACCUUUGAUGACUUAAGGAUUCCCCAACAUUUCUUGUGGCUUCCCAAGAAAUAACGUAGUUAUUAAAAAGGUGCUGAGAACUGAAGCAGCCAUGUGGAAUCUUCAGAGGAACGAAAGCCAUCGGUGCUCCACCUGAAGGAGCCGGCACCACCGUGGUCGCUCCACCUUGUGAGAUGUGGGUCAACUCCUUUAAUUACACAAAGUCCCUAGCGAGGCUGAAGAAGAAGAAGUCCAUCCUGUUCUGUAACCACAGUGCCCCCCCUUGAACUUUUCUACAUGUUGUCGUGGUAUAACCACAGAUUCCAAUGGAUUAAUUAGGAUUUAAUGUAACGGAACAACACAAAGUAAUAAGCAAAGGUUAGCUUAUGAAACAUCACACAGAACACCAAGAUGGAAAGAAUACGGCACAAACAAGAGAGAAACAUCUCCAUCUGUAGAUGUGCAAAGCUGGUGGAGACAUCCCCCAAAAGACUGGUGUGGUGGAAACAGUCCUGCAUGACGUACGCAUCCAGCAGACCUUUGAGUUCUCAGAGUUCAUGUCACAAUAAAAGGUAUUUUGCACCUUUACAGUACGAUGCAUGUUGUUUCCUUCUGAUGCUUUUAUAUUCUUAUUCAUAACCUGUCCAGGCUAUUCAAAUAACAUGGAGAUUCUUUAGUGUUUUUUUAAAUUUUCUGUUAAAUAUGUUGUAACGUUCUUUUCAAAGUUAGUUCCUUUUGGAUAUCAUUAUUACAAAGAAGCAAAACAACAUAAAAGGUUACGUUUACUCCUAUUUUUAUUUGAUCAUUCUUUCCUUGUUAUUAAACUGUCGGAUGGUCAUAUUGUUCAAUUUAAUAUGUAUGAUUAAACAAUAAUAAUUGA